AUGAAGUCGACAUUCUUCGCGAUCCUCGCUGCUGUUUCUGUACAAGAGGUCGCUAGCCAUGCCACUUUCCAGGAUCUGUGGAUCAAUGGCGUAGACUACGGUGGCCAGUGUGCAAGGCUUCCCCUAUCUAACAGUCCCGUCACAGACGUAUCAUCUACUGCCAUUCGUUGCAAUGCGGGAACUUCACCCGUUGCAUCCAAGUGCAAUGUCAAGGCCGGUGACACUGUAACUAUUGAGAUUCAUCAGCAACCGGGUGACCGUUCAUGCAACACGGAAGCUAUCGGCGGAGCCCACUACGGACCAGUUCAGGCAUACCUGAGUAAGGUGUCCAACUCUGCCACAGCGGAUGGAUCAGACGGGUUCUUCAAGAUUUAUGCAGACACGUGGGCGAAGAAUCCAAGUGGCUCAUCCGGAGAUGACGAUUACUGGGGAACAAAGGAUAUCAAUACCUGCUGCGGACGACUGAACGUCAAGAUCCCCACCGAUGUCGCUCCUGGCGACUAUCUUCUCCGUGCAGAGGCCCUCGCCCUGCAUACUGCGAGCAGCAGUGGCCAAGCGCAGUUCUACAUGACUUGCUACCAGCUCACAAUCAGCGGUUCUGGCACCGCCAACCCCGCCACCGUCAAGUUUCCAGGUGCAUAUCAGGCCAGCGACCCUGGUAUCUUGGUCGACAUUCACGCCAAGAUGUCAACUUAUAUUGCUCCCGGACCGACCGUGUACUCAGGUGGUUCUACCAAGAGCGCCGGUGCCGCGUGCGUCGGGUGCGAGUCGACCUGCACAGCCGGUAAAGGAGCAACAGGUACUGCCACGUCUGUCGCUCUUCCCUCGGCUACUGGAGGGGGAUCUGGCGGGUGUUCUGUUGCUCCGUACGCGCAGUGUGGUGGACAGGACUAUACCGGAUGCACGACAUGCGCCUCGGGAAAGUGCUCCAAACUGAACGACUACUACUCCCAGUGCACGAAUUAG